GGUCAUAUUUGUUCGUCCCGAACGACGACACGACUUGAUAGUCGCUGGAGAGAGGAAGGAGAGGAAACUGAGAGGAGAGUGAGAUCGAGGGAGGGGGAUUAGGAGUACUAUCCAAACGAAUGUGGGGCGGGUUGGGAAAGGGAAUAGAUAACAACUCGCGAAGCAUUGGAUUCUUACAGAGAAAGUUCACACAAAUGAAUAAGAGCAAGAGUACUGGAGUGGCGGAACCAAAAGCCGGGGUCGGGGGAGGAAAGGUAGUUGCUGGACAGCAGCUUCGUUCGCACUCAAAUCGCCUCCCGCCUGAUGUAGGUACGUCUUCUCGCGUGCUGGCGGUGCCUUCCGAUGAGAUGGCCAACCUUAGCAUGACACGCCGCAUAGCGAUUGAUCUGGGUACUUCUUCUUGUCGGGUGGCAGUGUGUCGCGAUGGGGAGGUCGAUGUCAUACCGGACAUGUCCGGCGAACGCUCAACUCCGUCUAUUGUCGCAUUCACGGGCAAGAAGCGUCUGGUCGGCCAACAAACACGGAUACAAGUGAAGCGGGGACACGAAAACUGGCUCUACGGGAUGAAACGACUCAUCGGACGGGAUUACGACUCGAUCAGAGAAGAGGAGCGGAAAUGGUGGCCGUUCGAGAUCGUCAAGGGAAGCAUGGGCGAGGCGAUGGUGGAGGUAAGGAGUGAACUAUUAUCUUCUUUAAGGAGAAAUAAUGGGGAUCACAUUCAGUCAAACAUUGUAGGGCAGUUUCAGCAGAACGACGCUCGUCCUGUGGAAGCCGAGGAUGAGCCGAAGGCUACGGAGGCUGGUGUCGUGUACUUGGCGCCUGAGCAGAUACUGGCGAUGCUUCUCGCGAAAAUGAGGAGCGACGCUGAACGCUUUCUUCGAUGCGAUGACCUUCAUGCCGCUGUCAUUACCGUUCCAGCGCUCUUCAACGACAGGCAGCGGUCAGGGAUCAAACAGGCGGCGGAGAUCGCAGGGCUCACGGAUGUCCAGCUCGUCAGCGAAUCGACGGCAGCUGCUCUGUCCUUCGCCGAGUGCGCAGGAUUGAUCUCCUCAGGCUGGAGAGGCGUUUCUGCUGGAGAACCUUGUCCGCGAGGCGCUAAGGUGCUUGUCUUCGCCCUGGGUGGAGGGAACUUCGAAGUUGCCCUCGUAACGAUAGCCGGCGGGCAUGUAAUCGUGGACUCAGUGGACGGCAAUCCAUGUCUCGGAGGCAUGGACUUCGACCACAAGAUGAUGGAGCUGAUACUCCAUCGCGUGAAGGAGCAGUUUCAUCUUGCUCCGGAAAUGCAGGCGAGCACGCUGAAGGGACUGAAGUCAGCGAGCGAAAAAGCGAAGGAAGAGCUGACUAUCCUACAAGACGCGCAGGUUGACCUUGAGUUUAUCCUCAGCGAUAACGAACUCAAGGUCACAAUACAGGGUGCCGAAUUCGAGAAAAAGUGUAAGAGCCUAGUAGACGAGUGCAUGGAUUGUGUCCGCCGACUCUUACAGGAAUCGAAGACAAAGAGUACUGAUGUGAAGGAAGCUGUGUUUGUCGGUGGGUCAACACGCAUUCCCAGGAUCUUUGAGACGUUUAAGAAGAGUUUCUCCCUGGAGCCGAAGGCGCACCCAUAUCAAGACGAAGCCUUUGUGCGCGGCGCAGCUCUCUUCGGUGAUUGGAGCCAACUGGUUACAGAGACGCAUGCUACAACGAUCGAGUAUUAUAAUCGGUGGAAAAAGACAUACUUCUUUUUCCAGCAGCGUAAGAGGCCUGGUAGCUACGUAUUGCCGGAUCUCAGUAAUUGGUCGCGUGAUCCACAGGAUGAUCAGUUUUGUCUGGAGUUAUUCGAGUCGAGAGGAGUCAAAAAAGAACCCCUUCCAGUUGGCAAAAUAGUGGUCCGUGUAGGGCAGCAUAACGAUAGCCCUGUUCUCCCUCUUCUAACGAUUGACCGAUGCGGGAUACUGUGCCUUGACGAGGGGCAGAGUUCGCUUCCUGCUGUGUUUCAUAAAUCCGGGCAACGUUCUGCAGAUGAGAUUUCUGGUUGGAAGCAGUUUGCCGAGAAGCUAAGAGUGUACGAGCGCAAAGUCGCAGAGAUAAGAAGCGCCAAGAACCAGUGGAGUACGUACAUCGGCGAAGUGCAUAAGAGGGAGUCUUUGUGCCCGUGCUGGUUGUGGAGUACUAUAUCGGCAUGGAAGCAUGAAAUUGAGCGUUGGCUUGAGAUGGAGAUGGAGGCGGCAAGUGGCCGGGUGGAGAUUGAGCAAUUUACCACGCAGUUUGACGGCUUCCGAAGGGCGUGCCAAUACGCCUUUGGAGACACGUGGGCGAGGUCGAUACCGGGAAGGAGGAGGUUCUUAGUGAUCGAUUGCUGGGAGUCGCACUACAUUGAUGAGUGCCUGCAGAAUCUCCGGGCAAACGCACGCCCAGAUCUCUCUGACGUGGUCGUCUGCAUGCCGCUCAAAGAUCUUCGCAAGACAAAGGACCGCAUCAUCGAGGGAAUCAAAUUAGCCGCGACCGACCUGUCGUCUAAUCAUUCCAUUGCUACUCCGGCCACCGUAAAGACGAGCGGAAUCCAUUACGCGGUACUCUCGGCAAGUCCCCUGUCGUCUUCCGACGAUCGUGCUGCUCUGUGCUCGGAGUGGAGGAGGCUUGGUGGAAAAAAGGUGUCAUUAGCUGUGCAAGCUGGUCUUCAGGUCGUGUUGCGUCUUGAACGUGAAGAUAGUCCAGACGAGCAGAGCAGCACUGUGCCUUAUGAUUUGGACGAGGAGAAUCGUCGCUGUGAAGCGCAGCUCAAGGACUUGGUAAAGUCGAUUGGGUGGGGCAGUUGGUGUUGGCAAAAUAUAACGAUCGCUUAUUUUCCUCCGCCGAAUUUGUGUUGGACAGAGGGAUUGCCUGGACAAGGGGCAUCUAUCUGGCAUCAGAAUGAAGUACAUCAGCAUAACGAUCCCGUAGUAGUCCAGACGGCUCGCCACAUAAGAAAGGUGAUCGAGGACGAGGUGAACGCCGAAGCUGCCGAGACAACGCGCAUCCUUAUCGGCGGAGGCGCGGCUAUGGAGAUGUGGAAUGCCCUUUUUAAGCAGGAAGAGGUUGAUGGCCUGCUGUUGGAAGGUGGCUUCCGAGACCCUCGUCUCGUCGGGAAGCUUUGUCCGCCAAGUCGAGAGAGGACGGGCAAAGUCUUACUCUGCCACGCGGCGAGCGGUCCUGUCACUCUCGACGAGCGUAACAUACGAUUGCUCCACGGCAUCAGCAGCGACCUGAUGGAUGGUGAAGAGGUCCUCUGGAUGACUGUGAGGUACGCAACGAGAGAAAAAUCUGGAGUGCACCUCGAGGAAGGGACUGGUUCUGUUGAGAUGGUUUGGAAGGGAGGUGCUGUAGUCGAAGAGAGUAAAUACCGACCGGUGGUGAACAACCGACGGAUGGUGACGAUCUUUCCUAUUUUGGAAUGCGGGGAUGCAGGGAGGCUAGAAGACCGAAUAGAGAGACAGCUUUCGCGCUGGGCGGAAGAGCUCAAGCGAGCUGAUCUUCAAGGGAGGGAGGUUGUGGUAGAGUUCAGGCCUGCACCGAGUGUGGCGAUGCAAGACCGUCUUCCUGCGGCCAUAGAGACCACUCACGCCCUCAUUAGAAGGUGGAUUUUAAUGAAAAUCAGCCCCCACGUGGCACAAGCGGUGCGUAUCGUUUGUUCUGUAGACGGGCUGCCGCCAGAAACGCAGCGGGAUAUUAUGAGGCAACCGAAUGUAGACGGCACAACUGUGCGACUCGACUCGGCGGGAAAUGCACCCGUGUCAGCGGAAAGUGUACCAGCCAAUGAAGCACAGCUUGACGAGAUGCUCACUGUCAGGAGCGCGAGGAACCAGUGGAAGAAGUACAUCUACGAAGUGGAGAAGAGGGAGUCUUCUUGCCCGCGCUGGCUGUGGAGUGUUAUAUCAGGAUGGAAGCUCGCUAUGGAGCGAUGGCUUGGGAGGAAGGAGGUGGAAGGUGGCUGCGUCGACAAAGAGCAAUUUGCCUCCCGGUUUGCUGAAUUCCGAAGGGCAUGCGAAAUUGCGUUUGGAGCCUUGUGGGAAAGAUCGAUGUCGGGGAGGAAGUUUUUGAUUGUCGAUUGUUGGGGGGGCUCCAGCGAAAUUAGCCAUUGCCUGCAGAAUCUUCUAGAGAGCGGAGGCCGAGAUCUCUGUGACGUGGUCAUCUCCAUGCCGCUCAAGGAGCUUCGCAAGACGAAGGAGCGGAUAGCGAGAAUGGAGGGAAUCAAACUAGCCGCUCCGAGCCUUUCGCCCAAAGCCACUCCCGAUGCCUUAGCGAAGAAUGGUAUUCCUUACGUGGUGCUCCAGGCUGGGCCCGCCGUAAUAGGUUCUGGCGACAGAAAGCAUCUCUGUUCCGGGUGGAACAAGAUCGUUGGUGACCAGGUGUCGCUAGCUGUGCAAGCCGGUCUUCACGUCGUGUUGCGCCUUGGACAAGAUAAUUGUUACGAUUUGGAAGACGGCCAUGAGGCUUUCAAACUGGAGGAAGAGAAGCGCCACUGCGAAGCACAACUCAGGGACAUUGUCAGUCGCAUUGGCAAGAACUUUCGAAACAUAGCGAUCGCUUACCUUCCUCCAGCGCAUGUGCUGCUACCUGACGCUACAACCGAAGCAGCAACCCAAGCAACAACGGAAGCAACAACCGAAGCAGCAACCGAAGCGGCAACCGAAGCCGGUGCAACCAGGCUGAGGCAGUAUGUGAUCGAGACGGUUCGGCACAUAAGACAUGUGAUUAAGGAUUUGAUGAGUGCUGAAGCAGCCGAUGCAGCAAACUUACUUAUAGGCAGAUGCGGGAAGGUGGACACAUGGGAUACCUUUAUAAAUCCGCAGCAUGAGAUAGAUGGCUUGCUUCUUGAGACAGGGCUCCGAGACCCUCUGUUCUUCGACAAACUCCUCCGUAAAGGGGGCCCAAGCGAGAAGAUCCGUCUGGAAAGGAGGGGCAAAGUCUUGCUUUGUGCCGGGCAGGAGGAAAAUGCCACCCUCAAUAAGUAUGACCUCAUCCGGUUGAGCGCCGUCACAGAGAAGCUGCUUGGCGCGGAAGAAGUCGUCUGGAUAACGACAAAGUAUGUACCAACUCUGGCGGUGCGUUCAGGAACGAGUAUGAUUAGGGAAAUCAACGGCUCCUACGCAUUGCUCUGGAAGGAGGGCCACGUCAUAACUGACUACAGCGAAGAGGUGAACGCGGUGUUUAAGGUGAAGAUCGUCCCCAUUUUCUCGUCACACAAGGACAGCCACGGACAGGAAGUAGCAGAGGCGCUAUCCACACAGCUCUCGGAAUUAAGGAAGAAUCUGAUGGGGAAAACUGAUAGUGACUGGUCAGGGCUUCUUCUAGAGUACAGGCCUGCAGAUAGCUUGGACACAGCAGAUUCUAUUGUUGAGGCUGUGGAGGGAGCUCAAUCACACAUAAGGGGAUGGCUUCUGGUGAACUUUGGCGCAGAGGCGGCGCAGGAGGUGCGGAUCGUAUGCUUUUUCGAGGAAGAGCUGGAUUCAGAGACGCGUCGUAGAAUUGCCAAUCUGCCCAAUGUAGAUGGAGUAAGCCUGCGGCUUUCCCAUAGGCGAACAACUAGUCGGACCGGGCUUGCGGCCUAGACUAUGCCCAGACUAGAUAGACUAUGUAUAGAUGGAACGGUGUUACGGGGGUUAAUUGGUAGAAAGAGCCCACGUCAAAACCUUG